GGGGAGACGACCGCGCGGGGCCCACUUGUCGGUUGGUUGGUUGGGUUGAUCGAAGCGCCGCGGCUGCUAUUUCCUUCUUGCGCAGCAGGUGCGGUGAAAGGGAGGGAGAGAGGCCCCCCUCGAUAUUUCCGCGCUAUUUAAGCCCCGCGCGGGGGGAGGAGGAGGCGGCGGAAGGUAGGUGACGGGUGCCCAACUGCUGUGCUGUGUUGACCCCCUCUGCAUCAUCGGCGCGAUCCACACCGGCGAGGAGAUGGCGCUCACAAGAGUUGGUCUUGCUGGCCUUGCUGUCAUGGGGCAGAACCUUGCCCUCAACAUUGCAGAGAAAGGCUUCCCCAUCUCUGUCUACAAUAGGACGACCUCCAAGGUCGAUGAGACCGUGCAACGUGCCAAGGCAGAAGGAAACCUUCCCCUUUACGGUUUCCAUGACCCUGCAUCUUUUGUGAACUCCAUUCAGAAGCCACGUGUUGUCAUUAUGCUUGUCAAGGCUGGUGCACCAGUUGACCAGACCAUUGCAACACUCGCAGCUCACUUGGAGCAGGGUGACUGUAUCAUUGAUGGAGGAAACGAGUGGUACGAGAACACAGAGAGGAGGGAGAAGGCGAUGGAGGAGCGUGGCCUCCUCUAUCUCGGCAUGGGUGUAUCUGGAGGAGAGGAGGGUGCCCGCAACGGCCCGUCCUUGAUGCCUGGAGGCUCAUUUGAGGCAUACAAGUACAUCGAAGAUAUUCUUCUCAAGGUGGCUGCUCAGGUCCCUGACAGUGGCCCGUGUGUCACAUAUGUUGGCAAAGGUGGUUCUGGCAACUUUGUCAAGAUGGUUCACAAUGGGAUCGAAUAUGGUGAUAUGCAGCUGAUUGCUGAGGCAUACGAUGUCCUCAAGUCAGUCGGUAAGCUCACAAACAGUGAGCUGCAGCAGGUGUUCUCUGAAUGGAACAAGGGUGAGCUUCUCAGUUUCUUGAUUGAGAUCACUGCAGACAUAUUUGGCAUCAAGGACGAUCAGGGUGACAGCUACUUGGUCGACAAAGUCCUGGACAAGACUGGGAUGAAAGGAACCGGGAAAUGGACAGUGCAGCAGGCUGCUGAACUCUCUGUGGCUGCUCCUACAAUCGAGGCGUCCUUGGACUCCAGGUUCCUGAGCGGUCUUAAGGACGAGCGUGUCGAGGCUUCCAAAAUCUUCCAAGGUGACUACUCCACUGGCCUACCAGUGGACAAGGCACAGCUGAUCGAAGACGUGAGGCAAGCCCUCUACGCCUCCAAGAUCUGCAGCUACGCGCAGGGCAUGAACAUCAUCAAGGCCAAGAGCUCGGAGAAAGGAUGGGGCCUGAACCUUGGCGAGCUGGCAAGGAUCUGGAAGGGAGGGUGCAUCAUCCGCGCCAUCUUCCUCGACCGCAUCAAGAAGGCCUACGACAGGAACUCCGACCUCGCCAACCUCCUCGUGGACCCUGAGUUCGCCCAGGAGAUCAUGGACAGGCAAGCGGCGUGGCGCAGGGUCGUCUGCCUCGCCAUCAACAACGGCGUCAGCACCCCGGGCAUGUCUGCUAGCCUGGCCUACUUCGACUCCUACAGGAGGGACAGGCUGCCCGCCAAUCUGGUGCAGGCGCAGAGGGACUACUUCGGAGCUCACACCUACGAGAGGGUCGACAUGCCGGGUUCUUUCCACACCGAGUGGUUCAAGACCGCACGCAGCAACUCCCAGAACUGAGCUGCUCCAGAGGUGGCGCGCCAUGGCAUGAUAUUGACAUGGUUCUCCUAUUUUUAUCAUCGUUUACCGCUGCGCGGUGUUGAGUAAUUGGUAAUGUAGGGGAGGGAGGUAUUGUGGCUAAAUUUGAUUUUUCAGGCGCGGUGCUUAAUUUGAGUCAGGAAGUUGUACUUGUCUUCCAUCCUUUCCGUGUAAGCGGCCCGGGAUGGAGAACAAUGGUACUUCUUGGAACUUCUAUGUUGAUGUUUGUAAGUUUGUUAUAUGAAUAAGAGCAUUUUGACAUGCUUUGGUUGUUGAUCAAUCA